AUGUCCAAAUUUAGCGAAACUAAGCCCGAUUGGUCGGGGGUAGGGACUGUCGGACUGAUCGCAGUUUAUUUUUUUGCUCCUGCUACUUCCUGCCUUCCUGGAACAGUAAUUAGGACGGAGGGCCUUGCAUUGGUAUGGAGCAGGAGCCACCAUCCGCCGCCGCUUCCAGCAUCGGGGCUGCAGCUGUCCCUGGCCCUCGCGCCGGCGGCGGCCGGACGCCGCGAGGAGGUGGCGGCGCCGACGGCUUACGUCGCCGGAAAGCAGGUGCGGCUGUUCCCUUGCCUCUACUGCAACAAGAAGUUCCUCAAGUCGCAGGCGCUCGGGGGGCACCAGAACGCGCACAAGAAGGACCGCGCCACCGCCGGCUGGAACCCGCACGCCUACGGCGACGACGGCGCAGUCGCCGCGGCGGUGCCGCGGGACGCGCUCCGCAGAGGUGGCACAGCCAGAUCCGCCGCCGCCGCCUUGUCCGUGACGAUCGCCUCGCACUGGCACGGCAUGGAGCCCCCCGCCGGCGUCAAGGUCGAGAUGCCGGACGGCAGCACCCGGCUCUUCGCCGACCACGACCUGCUCCCGGGUGCGGGGGCAGCCUACCCCUCCGCCGUGUCCGGUGGGCGCGAUGGCACGGUGGAAAUGCACAACUGGAGGAGGACCUCCCGGAGAACGCCGACGCCAGCACCGCGCCCUCCAGCUCCGGCGGGGAGAUCGAUCUAUCUGGAGCUGCGACUCUAG